CCCGCAGGUUCCCGUUCCGCGCAGAGGAGCGGUGAGCUCCGCGUCGUCUCCGCGGCAGUCGGGCCGCAGCCCCGCUGGCAUGGAGUGAGCUGUGGAGCCCCGCGCCGCCCGGCCCGGCCAUGGAGCUGAGGAGGUCCAUCUCGGCCAGCGCGGAGGCCGAGAGACCGAUGAGGCGCUACGGGGCAGUGGAGGAGACGGAGUGGAAGGCGGAGGCGCUGGGAAGAAAUCAACUUGACAUCAUUUCAAUGGCUGAAACAACAAUGAUGCCUGAGGAAAUUGAGCUUGAGAUGGCAAAGAUCCAGAGACUUCGGGAAGUCUUAGUCAGAAGAGAAUCAGAACUCAGGUUUAUGAUGGAUGACAUCCAGCUGUGCAAAGACAUUAUGAACCUUAAGAAAGAGCUGCAGAGUUUGGUAGCAAUCCCAGAAAAAGAAAAAACAAAGAUGGAGAAACAAAGAGAGGAUGAACUGAUUCAGAAGAUCCAUAGACUGGUACAAAAAAGAGAUUUUCUUGUAGAUGAUGCAGAGGUGGAGAGAUUACGAGAGAAAGAAGAAGACAAAGAGAUGGCUGAAUUCCUUCGCACCAAGUUAAAACCCUUAGACAAAGCAACACAAUCUCCUAACAGCAGCCCAGCAGAAAAGAAGGCAGAACCUCCUCCAAGCAAGCCCACCAUUGCCAAAGCAGGAUUGGCUAUCAUUAAAGAUUGUUGUGGGGCCACACAAUGCAACAUCAUGUAGCUCUGGGCUCUCUACCAUGUUUGUCUUUUCAAAUGUUUUCAUUGAAUUAAACUGUAGGGUGAGGGGAACUAACAGCAUCCUGCUAACAGAAUCAAGAGCAACUGGCACAACAGUAAUAUAAGGAAUGUACAAUGGCAGUUUCUUCACUGUUGCAUGGAUCACUCAACACGCAUGCCUAAAAACAAAAGAAAUCUAUAUAGUGGCUGUCCAGUGACCAGAAAAGAUCUGUAGUAGAGUCAAGAAAACCACCCCAGUGAUAAAAGUGAAUGAAAAGAAGGGUAUAUUUCAUCCAGUAAGGUGUAAAACAGCAAUUUUAAUAGGCCAUCACUUUGUAAGAAUUUGUUGUACGCUUCCCCCCCCUUGACAAACAGCACUCAAAAAUUGCUGAAAUAUCCUAUUUUGGCUACUUUUCAAAACAAAAGCCACAAGUAGCAAUGCUGUAUAUAGUACAACUAAUAGAUGAAGCAACUUCAGGAUAACUGAUGUUGCAUGCAAAAUACUUACCAAACUAGUGUGAUGUUCAACUACUUUGCUGUGGAGUUUCACUUCCAAUUCUUCCUAAAGAAUGAGCGUCAGUGACAAGGAUGCUGCAAGUAGAGAUAGAUUUUUUUUAUAUCCCAUAUGAUUUCUGAAUUACUCAAGUCAAAUGAAUAUUGCUUGCACCAGGGAAAGUGAAUCUCUGGUAAACCUUUAGCAAGCACAGAUACAGUAAUCUGCAAAUAGGUGAUGUAAUCCAAAGCUGUGUCAUUUCUUUUAGUUCUCCACCUCACAUGGAAGUUAGAAAUAUUCACCCAGAGAGCUUUGUCCACUACUAGAAGUUACAUUCAGUAUGAGAUUUGUAGGUUGCUGGGAGGAGAGUGGAAGACAAACAGUAUUUAACUAAUAUUUAAACAAUGCUUGAAACAACUAUUAAUUGCAUAUUCCAUAAGAAAUAUAAACUAUCAAGCAUAGGAAGACAUUAGCCACCCAAGACAAAUUGGCCACAAGACAAACAUACAAAUACAGAAGUAGACUAUUUGUGGUAGGAAGAUCACAUUCUACACAAAAUGGGUUUAAAAUUAAGAGAAAUGCAGAAAGACUUAUCUGUGUUUCACCAUUAAUGUGUUUCUGGUCUCUAUGCAGAUUAAGCCUUGUGGAAUCUAAUAUCUUUAUAUUAGCUGUCAGUAGCUGGUUUGUCUGUGUGACGGUAUUCCAUAUAAACGUACUGUGAUAGGUGUAAAUAGUAAAAUAAAUGUACAUGGAUCUAAUGUGAAAAUCUCAGGCUUAGAAAUAGCAAACAGAUAGCAAAAAGUUCCUAAAAUAAAGUUUUUCAAGAGGAACUUCAAUUUUGUGAAGCCAGCUAAGUGUGUAGUUAUAUACAAAGGAACCACAUUUAUAGGAAAUGAGAAAACAAAAUUAACAGCAGUUACCCAAAAAGGAUAAACAGUAAUAUUUUUUAGAGAGAGAAAGUAUCUUAUUAAGGUUCAAGGAGAUAGACACCAUCUAAAGUAACUCAGACUAUUCUUGUACAAAUAAAACCUAAUCCAUAGCAUCAGACUGAUUUGAUGAAGAACAAUUUGAAGAAUGAUUUGCAUUUCCAGAAUAAUUUGUUUCAGUAUUGCAGACUCACUUGAGACAAAGAACCUAUAUCACUAAGUUCCUUAAGGUUUAAGGAUCAAGGAGGAAAAAAAAAGUACAAAAGGUUUCCACUACAACAUGAAGCACUUUAAUUACUUUAACCAAAGACACAGGAAAGAGAACAAAACAUAUCCAAAGGCUGAAUAGUCAUAUAUAGUUAUUGCAUCCUUGUUGAUAAAUGUAACAGCACAUUAAGCUCUGUAGCUGUUAAUAUCUACUGUAUCUGGUAUGGGUUGGACUCUGUAUAGCACCUGUGUACAUUAACAGAGUUAUGGGGACAACUGCUUUUAAGGGAGAAUACACACUGGAGGGGAAGAAAUACCCACUGGCUUCUGUAAAAUUCAACAGCCUCUUGAAUUUGCUGGUACCCAAUUAAGACAUCAGGAAUUAUCAGUAUCUUAAGACAAGAGGCAGAUGUUCAGUGCCAUUAACAAAGGCAAAUGGAUGUUAGGAAAAAAACUUAUAGUGAAGCACCAAACUUAAAACCUUUGGAGGAUCAACCGUUACAACCAAGUACUGUGAAUGCUGGUAAAGGGUCCCAAAGAAGGAGUUUGCACACAGUUUUUGUAAGGCAAAAGGUGAGUUAUGCACAUGAGUGUUUAAACCAGGCUGUGCUGAUGACUGGGGUGAUCCCUGCACGCUGCACAGAAUCUGUAGUCCCUUGGGAAGAAAAGUAAAAUCGAUAGAAUGUAGGUUUGUGUGAAAAAAUUCCAUUAAUGGGAAACGGAGCUAGACAUUUCUGGGAUGCAACACUCCUGACUAGGCUACAGAGCCCCCUCCUUUAAUUAAAAUGAGGAAGAGAAAACACCAGGUAUGAAUAUGUAAUAUUAAUAUACAGUUAGCACUGGUAGCCAGUGCCCCAAAGGGACUUGAACUACAGCAGUAUUAAUGAGAGUAAACUUCAUUUUCAGAAGUUCAAGCUUGGCUCAGCUAAAAAGUUUUCUUUGUGUGAGUUUGUUUUGUUUUUAUUUAGCAAAUGCUUCAGUUCUGUUUUUAUUUUUGGGUGGGUUUGAACAGCUUGCCUGGAGUGCACCAGUGGUUCCUUUAGAAGGGGGUCGGUGAUGCUGCUUAGCAAUAAAGUCCUGGGUUUUUUAGACUGUGAGGUCAGAUUCUCAACUGUGUUCAACACUGGCUUACAGUGUUGUCCAUCCAGAACACAGCAGAGCCCUAAUGGGUUACUUCAAACAUAAUGAUUGUAAUUAAACAAGUUAAACUUAGGAAGGAAUUAAGUGUGCAAAAAUCUUGGUCCUUGUUUUUAAAAAUCAGACUAAACCAGUGAGUAUUCCCAAGUACCAUAAGGGGCUUUGUGACUUCCACCAUCCUAUGAACAUAGCACAUUAUGCAAUCCCCACAUGUAAAAUCAGCAGAAAACAUCAGACAGGUAUCUUCAGAUGACUACAUUGAGUAACUGGCAGCAUUUCAGAGCUGAUUUUCAGAUACCUGUUGCUAUCUACAAAGGAGGACAUCGGUUGACUGAAGCACCCAAAAUCUCUCCUGGAAAUCCUGGCUGUUUAUCACUUCAGAAAGAAGGCAAUGCAUCAGAAAAAGAAAAAAAUUUAAGGUGGAUUUGACACACUAUUUCCUCUAUGAACUGGUAAACAUGGCUGUAUUCAGGAAACGAUCUUGGUCUACUGAGAAAAACAAAAGUGCUGAAGUGCUAUUUGUACUAAUCAUCAAUUCUACCAGCAAAUGGUUCUCUUGUACCUUGCCCUAGGCCUACUGAAUCUCUUCAGCAAAGUUAAACAUAUUUCCAAAUAAACUAAGCUGCUGUGUUAUACUAAA